AACGAUAGUAGCAAUCAUUAUACGCGGUUUUCAUUAAGUUGCAGAUUUCAACAUUGAUUACGAAUCGUUGUAACGACCUUGGGGAAAAUUUUCUUUGCAGUGAAUGAAGUUGCAACAAAUUUAGCAACUGGCAAUGGUCCAAAUUUUACCUCUAUGCGCUCCAUUUGGCUGUUCGUUACUGCUGUACGAGUGCUACAUCAUUGAGAAUUCAUUGCGAAGAACUUGAGCUUCUUUGUGUUGAGUUUUUAAGGGUUACCUGGUGUGAUUUAUACAGGAAAUAGAUUCUGGUUGACAUGGAAUAUUGAUCAUAGAGAAGGAUUUGUAGGUAUCUGACUGGUUUAAAGGGGUAAAGGAUUUGAAGGGUUUUAAAUCAUUAGUUGCAGCGGGGCGGAGAAUUUUGUACCGAGUGAGUGCUACAUUAUUGAGAAUUCAUUGCCAAGAAUUUGAACUUCUUUGCGUUGGACUUUCAUAUCGAAGGUGACCUGGUGUCAUUUAUGCAGGAAAAGGAUUCCGGUUGGCAUUGAAUGUUGAUUACAGAAGGAUUUGUAGGUUUUUAACUGGUUUAAAGGGCAAAGGAUUUAACGGGGAUUAAAAUAAUUAGUUGCAGGGGGUCGGAGAAUGAACUGGAUGGGCAGGGCGAUUAGAGUAUUGAAAUGGAUGCUUGUAUCUGUGUGCAUUUUGUAUGUUCAGCUGGAGGGUUUAUCUCGGAUCGCCAGAAACGAAGCGAAGCCCAUCCAGGAAAGCGGCUUAAAAGUUCCGCAGCACAAUGAAAAGACAAUGCGGAUCAAGCUGAUACACAGACAUGACCCCGACUCGCCUUUCGGGAAACAGGGCGGAAUACGGUUGGAUUCAUUGCGGUCUCUUCUCUACCAUGACAAGCUCCGUCACACGGCCUUCUCUGCGUCUAUGCAAAGCCCCGGUUCUCAUAAUGCAGAAACGAAGGGUUUCAAGAAACCCUACCCAGCACCAACAAUUCGGGCGCCGAUAUUCUCCGGGUUUUUUGCCGGGGCAGGUGAAUACUUCGAGGAGCUGCAAAUCGGAACCCCACCGAGGCGCUUCCUUCUCAUCGCCGACACGGGCAGCGACCUAAUCUGGGUAAAGUGCCGCUACCGCUCGAAGAUCCGCAGCCGCAAUUCUGCCACUCGGCUCCUCGACGCUCGCUCCUCAACCACAUUUUCCCCAGUGUCAUGCGCCGCAAAGGAAUGCCUGCAAGUACCCGCCCCUAGCCACGCACAUUGCAGCCUACGAAACCCUAGCAGCUGCAAGUACAUGUACUCUUACUCCUAGGGCUCCUCUUUCAGUACCGGCGUCUACGCC